CGCGCGCGCGGACGACGCUUUGCGCCGUCGCUCGCUCGCGCGGCGACCAAUGUUCCUCAACGCGUCCGCGGAUAAGCUCAAGCGCGAGCAAGAGACGCGCGCGCGCGAGCUGCGCCGCCGCGAGGAGAAAGAGCGCGCUGCGAAGCUCCGCGCGGACGCGCUCGCGCGCGAGAGAUCUGACGUCGCCGCGCGCGAGCGGCUCGAAGCUCGGCAGCUCGCCGCGGAGGCCAAGGCGCGCGACGAGCGCGUGCUCGCGAACAACGAGGGCGUGACGUGGACGCGCGUGCUCGUCGGCGCGCGCAGCGACGACGCGACGCGACGCGGGAUACGCGCGAGAACGGACGACAAGAUCUCGCUGCCGCCGUCCGCGCUGCGAGAGCUCGAGCGCGUCGGCGCGAUGUCGACGCGCGCGGCGAACGCGAACGCGUGCUUCUUCGAGGUGUCGCUCGCGGAGGAAGAAGGAGGAGGAGGAGGAGGAGACGGCGCGUCGACCGACGCGGGCGCGCGCGGGAGCGGCGGCGGCGGCGGGGACGGACCGGGGACGGGGACGGGGACGGGGACGGGGACGGGCGGGGACGCGAGAAGAGCGGGAAGAGCGACGCACGCGGGGGUCCUCGCGUUCGACGCCGCCGAGGGCGUCGUCGGCCUCCCGCCCGCGGUGACGCGCAUGCUCCUGCGGCGCGACGGCGACGGUUCGCGUUCCCUCGGACGCGAUGACGGCGACGGUUCGCGUCCUUCUCCUUCGACGGGAGAGGAGGAGGAGGAGGAGGAGGACGGCGCGCCGCGCGUCGACGUCGACGCGUUCGCGUCCGCGUCCGCGCCCGCGCCGCCGCGCGUCCGCGUGAGCUACCGGCGACUCCCGAAGGGCGUCUACGCCAAGUUGAAGCCGCUGAGCGCCGCGUUCCAACGGGCGAUCGCGGACGCGGACGCGGCCGCCGCAUACGCCGCGGACGGACCGGGGACGGGGACGGGGACGGGGACGGGCGUGGACGUGAAGGCGCUGCUCGAGAGCGCCAUCCUGCGACGGUGCACGCUGACGGUCGGGGACGUCGUGCGCGUGCGCGUCCCCGCGCCCGGCGGCGGCGCCGGCGCCGGCGAGCGCGAUCAGGAGCACGAGCUCCUCGUUGCGGAGGUAUCCCCCGAGGACGCGGGCGCGGUGAGCCUCAUCGAGACGGACCUCGCGGUGGACAUCGCGCCGAGUUUCGAUUAUGAGCGCACGAUGCGCGACGUCGCGGAGAGAGAGGCGGCGCGGCUCCGCGACGCCGCGGCGGCGCGCGCGGCGGUGGAGGACGAGAUCGAAGCGAGAGCGCGCGAUGCGAGGGAAGCCGCGGUACGCGCGGCGGAGGACGAGGAAGUGAGCGCGAGGCGCGAGGCGCGCGCGGCGCGGUACCGCGAGGCGGCGGCGAAGCGCGCGCCGCCGGAGCCCCCCGACGGCGACGGCGUCGUCGCGUUGCGCUUUUCGCUGCCGGACGGGACGACGAAGACGCGCCGGUUUCGCGCGGGCGAUUUCGCGCGAGGCGUGUUCGACUACGUCCGGAGCGUCGGCGGCGCGGGCGAGGGCGACGCGUUCGCGCUCGCGACGCGGUGGCCGCGGCGGACGUUUCGCGAUCCGGGCGCCGACGGCGGGAGCGAGCUCGCGACGGUGCGCGAGCUCGGGUUCGCCCACGGCGACGGGCUGUUCGUCGAGCGAAUAUCGUAGCUGGAACCGUGAUGUGAGGUUAGC